AUGUGGAGCCUGUGGGUACUUGCCAUAGCAGGCUUUAUCAGGUAUACCACUGCAAUUCUAGUACCAAUUGAGGAUAUAUAUGGUUCAAAAAGAUAUUCGAUCAACUAUCUCCCAUUUGAGCGCUGGGAACAACUCAUCAUCAACAAUUCCACUACAUUAUCAUCAGGGACAGUUAUGGAACUUGGGGACUACAUUUCAUGCUAUGUACCGAAUGUUGAUGCAGAUCUGGAUAGUUCAGUAGCGCAGUAUAACGAGACAGAACUGAAUGAGAUGCUAGAAAAUGGAGUUAAAAUCAUUACCACUGUAUUCAAUGGCUGCAUUACAUAUCUUGGUGGUUUUUGGAACUACGAGUUAUGCAGUAAUACUGGGCUAUCCCAGUUUGAUGGUGACCCCAAGACAAGUACAUCGAACUAUCAGUUAGGCAGGAUCAAAAAAUCUGUUGAAGAUCGGGAAUUUCAGCUUCUAUAUGAUGAUUUUGGUUACUACAUUAGUGAACUUGUUGGUUCAGGAGACAUUUGCGAUUUGACUGGGCAUCCAAGAGUGGUCGAAAUUCAGUACAUAUGCCGCCCAGCAGCUGGACCUGCAAGCAUACAAUGGGUCAGAGAAAUAAAGACUUGCCAUUAUGAAAUCCAGGUGGCCAUUCCUGAACUGUGUAGCCUUGAGAUCCUUUCAAAAAGUGAAGAUAAAAUUGUAUCAAGGUCCAUACUCUGUGUUAACAAAGAAGAUUCGAAUUCUGGGGUCGUCGACAUUAUUAGCUCUUACAAGCCCACUUUCUUGGGCAACGAAGUCUACCUAUUGGAGCCUUACGAUAAGAUAUCAUCACAUAAUAGGACAGCUUUAAUGUUCACUGGUAACAUGUCGUCUCAUGGAAGCCUUCUGGAACAGAAGUUGGAUAUCAAGCUUGCGAAUGCUAUUAGUCGAAUGGUUUUUCAACAUUUGCUUCUACUACCUGAUGGAUUGCCAUAUAAUGUUGAUGAUAAGUUCGCCUGGAUGUCAGAAGUCCUGGAUUCGAAAGGAAAUUUCGUGACAAUGGUACAGUUCAACCUCAGUUCAACGCUGGCCGAUAUUGAUAUCAAUAGUUCAAUUGAAUUCAAAGGACCUGGUAACUUCGUUUUCUUCGAGAGAAAUGUGAAUCGCAAUCUGGUUAAUGUCCAGCCAGACCCAAUCGUGGAAGAGGAAGCUGCUGCAAUGGACCGUAUUCUUGAAGCAGAUUUACAGGAGGUCACCAAACAGAUAUUAAAAGGAUUACUCUCCCCUGAUCAGAUACUGGAAGCUCUCGGGGAGCUGGAUCUAAUCGAACACGAGCAAGGGAAUUUAGCUCAGGAGGAAUCAUCUUGA